AAUUCCUUUCGCUCGAGCAGCCUGCUACACUCUCGUUGAUACAGGCGGACAACAUGGCUGACGUGCUCGAUUUACACGAAGCGGGGGGCGAAGAUUUUCCUAUGGAUGAGGAUGGUGAUGAGAGCAUCCAUAAGUUGAAAGAAAAGGCAAAACGGAGAAAAGGGCGAGGUUUUGGAUCUGAUGAAGGUGCCAGAUCGAGAGUGCGGGAGGACUACGACACAGUGGAGCAGGAUGGAGACGAGCCAGGCCCACAGAGAUCUGUAGAGGGCUGGAUCCUGUUUGUGACCGGGGUUCACGAGGAAGCCACAGAAGAAGAUAUUCAUGACAAGUUUGCAGAGUUUGGCGAGAUCAAGAACCUGCAUUUGAACCUGGACCGGAGGACGGGGUACCUCAAGGGAUAUGCACUGGUGGAGUAUGAGACCUACAAAGAGGCCCAGGCUGCUAUGGAGGGCCUCAACGGUCAGGACCUGAUGGGCCAGCCAAUCAGUGUGGACUGGUGCUUUGUCAGGGGGCCGCCAAAAAGCAAGAGAAGAGGUGGUCGGAGACGCAGCAGAAGCCCGGACAGGAGGCGGCGCUGAUUCAGUCGGACCGCUGUUUGCUACAUGUCCGCUACAGACACGUCCUCCAUCCAGUGGGAGUGUGGGAAAGGACAGUGUAUAUUUUCACUAGGCAGUAAAGUUGCCUUUUUUCCAAAAUGGUUUUUAGUAUGUUUUUUGUGUUCUUGCUGUCAUGCUGUGUUGUAUAGAGGGAAUUUUCUAGUUCAUCUGAGUUUCUUUUUUUUAAAAAAGAACAUGUCCUUGCCUGAUGUUAGAUAUCAGAGCAGGAUCAAAUCUUGCCUUAUUGUUUAUCAGAGAAGGAUUGUUUAUUUUUUUUUUUAACGUUACCUGCCAUUCUUCCUCACUAAUAAAAUAAAGCAGUUUAGGACCAAAAGAAACACAUUACAGCUUCUUCGAUACAGAGUGCAUACAGGCUGAAAAGUGCUGCAGUUCAUCAGUUUAUUUCUGUAUUGAAAUUGGCCUGUUAAGCUGUUCAUUUUUCAAAUAUCAUUUUUAUGGCAAAUUCUCCAAUCAUUGUGGCUUUUUGUAAAAUGCAAAAUUUUAUUUGGGUUCAUGAAUGAAAUGACUUUGAAUUUGGAGUUUUGUCUGGUAGCUCAUUACUGCUCUAAACCACCAAGCAGCUUAAGCUAAUUUGAAACGGCUUGAUUCUUUUUUUUUCUGUACAUGAAUAAAUGAUGUUACUUUUUUCUCAGUGUGAAUAAAUUAGUUUGGAGGUC